AGGCGUUUCAUUUCUCCACGGCCUGCCAGCAAGGGAUGGAACGCGGCUGCCCCUGUCCCUGCCCUCUAUUCUCAGCCGCCUCAGGAGGAGGCACGGCCAGGGCCACAGGCGCGGCGGGAAGGGAUUCAAGCCGCAAGGGGCCGGAGGCAGAGCCGCCACUCCGCGGCGGCAGGCGGUUGCCCUGGGGAAGCAGGCGCCACGCAGCAGCCUGCACUCGGCACCCUCCGCGCCUACAAAAUGGCGGCAGGCGGCGGCAAGGGGGUAUGGCGGGGCGGGAGCCUGGCCGGGGUAAGGCGAUGCGGAGAGGCGCGGAGGAGGGCGGCCGGGUCGUGUUCGCUCCGCACACUAACUCGUCCUCGCUGCAGGUGCGGAGAUUGCCCGGCGGCCUCCUGCCUUCCGCGGGCACCGACGUGGUGAGCGGCGGCUUGCUGGCCCGGGAGGAGGAGUACAAGCGACUGAAUGCAGAAUUAGAAGCCAAAACACAAAAACUGGUGCAUCAGGCUGAAGAAGUAAUGCAAGCCCAACAGGAGGUAUUAUCUAGACCAGUUGCAGUACAGACUAAGUCACAUGAAGACAACAGACAGAGAAAUCCAGUCUGUCCUGAAGUUUUGUCUCUUAGGCACUCACAUGCCAAGCUAGCAAACAAGAAGAAAUGUGGUUCCAUGCCCAUGACUCAAACCAGACCGUACUCCGGUACUAAGGGAAAAAGAACAACUUCAAGUUCAAAAAAAAGAGACUUGGAAGUACAAAGUGCUGAUGAUGUUGCAGUACUGGAAGAUUGCGUAGAUUUUUCUGUAGCAAAAACAGUACAGAAAACUGAAGAAAAACUAAAGAAAGGAGGCUUGCCAGAUUGUCUAGAUGAAGAUAUUAUUUCACAUGUUGGAAAUGAAGAAGCUCAAAUCAGAUUUCUUAAAGCAAAGUUACGUGUUGUGCAGGAAGAGAUGGAUAAUGUAGUGUGUGAAUACAGGAAAAAGGAUGAUGAAAAUAAAAACUUAAAAUCUCAUCUUAAAGAAACUGAGGAAGAGAACACCAAACUGCAACGAACAAUCAGUGUGCAGCAUUCUCAGACUGAAAAGUACAAAAUACUGUCACAAGAAGCUAACAAAAAAAGUGAAGGGUUACAACAAGAGGUCAUAGCACUAAAAAAGGAAGUGGAGAAUCUAAAGCGUGUACAGAAGCAGGCCACAACCUGUCAGAAUGCAACAGAGAUUCGCUUAAAUAGGGCUCUGGAAGAAGUGGAAAGGUAUAAAGUGGAGCUGAAUAAACUGAAGCAAAGUCACAAGGAUACAGCUAACCAAGAACUCAAAACAGUUGAAGAACUGAAAAUGGAAAACAAGAAACUACAGAAACAAAAAGAAGAGCUAAUGACAGGUUUUAAAAAGCAGUUAAAGUUAAUUGAUAUUUUAAAGAGACAAAAGAUACACAUUGAAGCUGCCAAGAUGCUGUCUUUUACUGAAGAGGAAUUCAUGAAAGCCCUUGAAUGGGGAAAUCACCACUGAAAAAACCCACUUCUGCUCAAAAUACAAGUGAGAUGGUACAUUAGUUUGGCACUGUAUAUGAGUGCUUGUUAAUAGCUGUAUAUCUCAGUGAUCUGAUUUUCUUGAUUUUUCUUAUGUUCCAAUUGUUCAACUGUUCUAAGCCUGAUGGUUUGUGUUGUGCUAUCACAUGAAAGACAAACUCCUGUUGGAAAUUUCAGGCCAAACUGUCCACUGCUGAUGAGUGGGGAAGUUCAUACCAUGCAAGGAACAUGCCAACAAGUGAACACUAUAAUCAGUUUGCUCUGUUUUAGCAUUUAAAACAGCACUUUAUCUCAGAUAAUAUUCAGUCCAAAGUAGCCAGGGUUUAGUCUCAGAAAACACCUUGUUGCAACAGAAAUAAACAAACCAGUGAUCCCUCUGAGAAGAAAAUGUCAUGUCCUUUUUUAAAACACGUGGUUGGAAAAUUGGCCUUGUCUGUUCUCUGUAACAGAUCUCCUCUGAAAGCUAGUUUGGUUGGCAUGUAAUUUAAGCUCCAACAGCUCUUGUACAGAAAUGAUUUUAACUUCUUAUAGCUUAGACCCUGUCUGGAAAAAGUAGAUGAGACUUGCCCCUCACUAUCCAGACAGAUUCUGUAGCUAAUGCAGUUAUGCUAUGUAAAAUUGACAAUGACAAUACCAAAUCUUUCCUUGGCCAUCAGCUGCUGCUUUGGGAUAGUCAGGACCGAGGGAUUCAUACCCACAGGUGCACUGGAAGCAUUGCAUGUAUAAAAGAUUUCAUUGUGUCAUCAAUGGAAUCAAGCAUUGGAUAAAGGUUUUGAGUUCUAGUGAGCUGAGCGUUACCAUGUGUACAUUAAUGAACAGGAGCGAUAAAACCCUGUGCUGUUUGCAUGAAGCUGCCACAUCUAUUUCAAUGGAUUCUUCCCCUCAAAGUAACUGAAUAGGAACAUAACACAUAAAUAGGAAGUUUCUGCACUGAAAGGUACCAGCGGUGAUUUUGACCUCAAAAUGGAAAAGUGCCUCUGCUUAUAUCCUACCAGCAAAGCAGUAUGGACUAACAGUGAAACAAGUAACUCAGACCUAUCUCUCUGAGAUGUAACAAACUACAUUUAGAUUGGUAUUUUAAUACUGUAAUGCUAGCACAGAGCACAUUCAGAGAAGCUGACAGUUCAUACAGAAACUUGAAUUUAUUGUAGCUUAGGUUUCUGCUUGGUUGCUGUUGAAAACACUUUUAACGUUGCUACAUCACUAACUGAGAAUAAUUGAGAACUCCCUAACAGUUUAUUGAUGAAAGAUGUAAGCACAACAUGCACUUGAGUAACGGCUCGUUUGUUUAGAAUUCCAGUCUUAAAAUGGAGACUGAUAUUAAAAAGUUCUCACUGUUAACAGCAAAUGGAAAUUCUCCUUAGACAUGCGAUGAUGACACCUAGUGGCAUACCAGGAGAUGAGUCGGGGGAAAUCU